CUCAGGUUUCCCUUAUGGCUGCUCCAUCCCCAGGGGCAGGCAGUGGUUUGUGGUCCCAGAUUGGUAACAGAAGACCCUCAGGCAGUCUUAGAAAUGGUACAGCCCCCCGGUCAGGCAGGCACCGCACAGGUGAAAAGGCAAAGACAAGGUCCCCUCCCCAGCGUAAUUUGUAAUCUAGCCCAAGACCAGAGACUGAGUAAACCAGCAGCAAUAGCAUAGCUCAAACCCUUCCCCAGGAAAGGAAAGAGACGUGGUGCUUUUUGUAUAACAUCUAAGGAUUUAAGGCGGAGCUCUCAGGGAUGGCCCAACUAGGUGCGAUAGCGGCGCUAUCUGUUAGUUUUCUGGCUGCAACUCUCUUCUCUGCAGUACACAAAAUUGAAGAAGGACAUAUUGGCGUUUAUUAUAGAGGUGGCGCAUUGCUGACUUCCACCAGUGGACCUGGCUUCCACCUUAUGCUCCCCUUUAUAACCUCCUACAAAUCUGUGCAGACUACAUUGCAGACAGAUGAGGUGAAAAAUGUUCCUUGUGGUACCAGUGGGGGAGUGAUGAUUUAUUUUGACAGGAUUGAGGUGGUGAAUUUCCUGAUCCAGGGUGCUGUGUAUGACAUAGUGAAGAACUACACAGCAGACUAUGACAAAGCACUCAUCUUCAACAAGAUUCACCAUGAGCUGAACCAGUUCUGCAGUGUUCACACUCUUCAGGAGGUCUACAUUGAGCUGUUUGAUCAGAUUGAUGAAAACCUUAAACUGGCUUUGCAGCAGGACCUGACCACCAUGGCUCCUGGACUCAUUAUACAGGCAGUCCGUGUCACGAAGCCAAACAUUCCAGAAACGAUUCGGAAGAAUUAUGAACUCAUGGAAAGCGAGAAGACAAAGCUGCUGAUCGCGGCUCAGAAGCAGAAGGUCGUGGAGAAGGAAGCAGAGACGGAGAGGAAGAAGGCCCUGAUUGAGGCAGAAAAAAUUGCCCAAGUGGCCGAAAUAACGUACGGACAGAAGGUGAUGGAAAAGGAAACGGAGAAGAAAAUUUCAGAGAUUGAAGAUGGUGCAUUCCUUGCUAGGGAGAAGGCAAAAGCUGAUGCCGAAUGCUAUACUGCCAUGAAGAUAGCAGAGGCUAACAAGCUAAAACUAACUCCUGAGUACUUGCAGCUGAUGAAAUACAAAGCUAUUGCAUCAAACAGCAAAAUCUAUUUUGGCAAAGAUAUUCCCAACAUGUUUAUGGACCACACGGGGAGCAAGCCUGCAGAGGGACUGGUGGAAGAGAUGAGAGGAGAGAAUUGGGCCGCUGCCGCUGAGGAUUUGUGAAACCAUUUUAUAACACCUAAUGACCUUGCAAAAUUUCUGUUUAUUUUUUAACAGAUGAAACAAACUGAGAAGUUGGUUUCCCCUUUUGAUUUUUUCACUGUUCUGUGCUGAAGCAGAUGAGCCAGACUUAACCCUCUCAACCUUUUGUCUAGAAAUCAGUUUAGACACAACUGUUUUGAUAUUCACAGGCCAUUUUUUGGUUCCUUCGCAAGCCGGGUUCACCUCUGCACCGUAUUUUGACUCCUCCCUUUUGGAGGCCUGGUCAUUCCCUAGCAGGGGGAGAAUCCUGCAGAUUUCCAGCAGGAUGAUUUGUUGUGUGGUUAGGUUGAUUAAAUGAAACUUUGAGUUCUACAUGAGCAGUUACAGCAAUUGGGAUACGGGAGGCAAUGCCCUUCUUUGCUGCUGGAAGCUGUCAUUGCUUUUGUUGGAGAUUUCCACUACAAUUUUUUUGAGCCCUUUGAAAGAGACAGAGGUGCUAGGAUUUCUGUACACUAUAUAUCCCAGCUUAAGCAAGGCAGCACGGAUGUGGUGGCAGAGAUUGUUAAUUUCCCAUGUCCUGAGAUCAGUGUUUUUGCAUUGUCCACAUUUUGUAGAGGGAUAAGGAGGUUCUAAAUUCUGUAAUUCUCUUUCUAGAAAAUCCUCUGUAGAAGUGGUGCUACCAGGUCAGGGUUGAGGUGUUCUGGUGGGGGCGGCGUGAGCAUUCCCUGUUCCUGUUCUCUGGCUAAAUGGGACAUCAGUCUCCCAAGAUGCCAACAUAUGGUACCUUUCACCAACAUCAGAUUGACUUUUAGGAAGAGUAGCUUACAAAACAAUGAAUCACUCAGACCCCCCAUCUUGCAAACACUUUUGCAGGUGAGUAACUAUGCUCAAGUGAAUGGUCUCAUUGACUUAUUUCCAUAUGUGUUCGUAGGAUUGGGGCCUACAUUUGAAAUAGCCCAGUAUGGUUCAGUGGCUGCGAUACAUUAUCAGGAAGAGGAUGUUCAGACAAGUUGAAGUGAAUGGCUAAUUUAGACCUCGUGUAGGCAGGGGCAUACAAAACACAGUAUUGUAUAGUCACAGGGAGAAACAGGUGCCCCCGUUGUCUUUAGACAAUUCAGAAGAACAAUUUAUCCUUCUCCCCCUCCAGAAUGAUGCUGUAAUACAUGUGGUCCAUUAAGGUGCAAUUUGAUUUGUUUUUAAGUCUUCAAGUAUGCAGCUGUGAAGAGUCCAUAGAUUUUUAUGAUGUAUUGCGUGUGUAUGUGUAUAUAUAUAUGCAAAAUCAACUGGGGGAAAAUAAAGGGCUUAGCAUAAUUCAGGGCAGGAGAGAACAUCUGUUCCCCCCAGGCCAUCUCCUCCCACUUGGCAGGAAAGCCUGUUUAUUAAUCACUGUUUUAUUUUGCAACCUACACACAGAUACAUGGUGGCUCCAGCCUGAGUGCAAACACCGUUGUCAGUGGCCAGCUUAUUUCAUUUAUAAUCUGUUGUUCCAUAUCCUGCCACCUGCUGCGUUGGUAUUAGCGUGCUAAACUCAUCAGAGCGCUCAGCCUGUCUGGGUGUUUUUGUAACAACACAGCCCCAGUCAGAUAGAAACGUGAUGAAUUUCUGCUGCUUCCAAUAUUUUUCACAUUCGUUUUCUUUAAUAUUUUCACAGCUUGAAUGACUACUACUUUGCCUGUACUUGAAAAUAUAAAAUGAAAGCUGCCAUCAGUUACUGCAUGACAAAACUGAUAACUCUAUUUGCGGUAUAUCUCUCUAUAUAUUUUUUUACUUACUGGAAAACCUGAGGUUUAUACCUUACAUUCAGAUUCCAGACUGAUAUAACACUGCAAUAGAAAAAUCAAAUCACUACCCCAGCUCUCACAUAACUAGCAUUUGCAAAUAGGAUUCUGCACAGAGAACAGGAAGAGCGUCGGAAGAGCAGAACUUUUCUUUUUUUGCGGGGUGGGAUUGUGGUUUAUACUGAGGGUGGUCUCACUCGUUCAGGACUGUCUCACACUCAUGGUAAAUAUUUGCAUCUAGUAACUAAUGCGUAGUUUUUAAUCAAACAUUUUUUACUAGUCAAAAAAAAAAAAAAGCCAAAGUGUAUUGAACCAUUUUAUAUGACUUUCAUGUAAAACUAUGUGGAAUAAAUAGGACUUUUUUUACCAUACAAUUUCACUAUAAAAGAAUGAGGAAAAACAGAGAAAAAGAAGUAGCCAAUAUUAGUACAAUGUUAAUUUAAAACACAAACAUACAGCCUAAUUAUUCCGCCUGGUUAACAGUUUAGGGUGUGUCUACACUGCAGCAGCGAGCAUGCCGCCUUGCCCAGCUAGGCAGACUGGUGCUAGCUCGGCUUGAGCUAGUGCACUAAAAAUAGCAGUGUGGACACUGUAGCUCAUUCACGCUAUUUUUAGCUGCGCUGGCAUGAGUCUGUCUGCCCGGGCUGGGAGGUUCGCUUCCUGCUGCAGUGUAGCCAUGCCUUUAGUUACUGCAGCUUGUGAGAUGACAAAGUGAAAUCUUAGCAUAAUUGGGGGGUUUUAUCUUAAUUUAGCUAGAGCAAAGCUGAUGCCAUGCCUUUCUCUACCAGACUGAAUUCAGUGUUGGCAUCUGACACAGUUUCUUCAUUAUUUUAUAUCUUUAACCUCUUUUGCCUUCCAGAGUAAAUUUGCUACUAUAUUUUACUCUAUUCCAUCUCUUCCUUGUGAGCAUAGUGACAAGAUGUCAGCUGGGUCUUUGUUUUUGUUUUUCUUUCUUUCCUGCAUGCAAAUUUGCAAUGAGCAUUUGAAUGUGUAAAACCACUUGUUUAAUGAAGGGACUACGAGGGGUAUGUGAAUGGUCAUGUUUGGGAAUCCCUGAUUGAGGCAUGAAAAUAACUGCAUUGGCAGAGGAAGUUCUGACCUGGGCAAGCAUGGGAAGUGAUGUGUUGGAAUAAAAAAGCCGUUUUAUUUUGCUAUUUGUUAUAAUGACUGAAUAAAAGUUUUUUCACUUGUAGCUUAA